CGCCGGCCGGCGAGGUGAGGCCAGGGCCAAGGGUUCAGUGCAGAGUGAAACCCCGACCGGUGCGCGUCGUUCCCGCGAGUGCCGAACCAAAGUGAAGCAGUGAGUGAUAUGUGAUAUGGCGGCCUCGUUGGGCCGCUCCUACGAGUGGGACGCGUACGAGGAUGUGGACAAGCCGUCGCGCGGCGGCCCCAUCGGGGGUAGCAUGCGCGCCCCGCGGCGCAGCGGCGCGGCCCCGCGGUCCAGCAGCGCGAGCCGCAGCAGCCGCAGCAGCAGCCGCCACUCGUCGCAGACGCACAGCCCGCAGGGCUACUCCAACGAGGCCCUGGUGGACGGCGACGAGUACUUCUCCGACCAGACGGAUUACGAGGAGCACUACCUGGAGCGGCGGCAGCGGCAGGACAGCGGCACCUCGCUCACGUCGCGCGACGCCCGCGAGCCACCCGUCGGCGCGUCCCCCGUGCACGCGGCGCCCGGCGCGAACGGCGGCUUCGAGGGCAUCGCGACGUACGAGCAGCGCCGCAUGCUAGCGGGCGGCAAGUCCAUGCCGCAGCUCAACGAGCGGCCGCAGCCGCAGCCCCGCCACCGGUACGAGGCCGUCCCGCAGCGCUCGCACCCGCACCCGCCGCCCCAGCAGCCGCCCCCGCCGCCGCACCGGCCCAGCAAAGCCACGCCGACGAGGAGGUGCAACAGCAGCGCCGGCACGCCCCCGCGACGCGCCGCCCCCGUGCGCUCGCCGUCCGCGGCCAGCCUGCUCCGGCGGGGGGCCUCGGCCGGCGUGUCCACCCCCGCCGCGCGCUUCGCGGCCUCCGCGGGCGGCGGCGCCACCCCCACGGCCGUGCUCAGCUCGCCCGCCACCUCGCCGCUGCGCCUGCAGCAGCAGAAGGCCGUGCCCUUCGUGUCGCCCAGCACGUCGCGGAGGAACCUCACGCCGCUCAUGAACUCCAUGUCGCCCCAGCCGCUGCCCAGGACGCCCCGGCAGCAGCAGCCGCUGCCGCAGCACCAGCAGCAGCCCCAGUACAACCACCGCCGCACCGCCUCCAUGUCCGGCAGCAGGACGGCCAUCAUCGCGCCCAACUCCUACACCGGCUACGACCUCUCGGGCCGAGCCUACGGCGACGGGUCCCGCCCUCGCUGCGAGCUGGAGGACGACAUGGCGGAGAUGCAGGCCUCCUUCCUGUCGCAGCAGCACAGCUCCAUGGAGCCGCUGAUGCGGCGCUCGCCGCGGCGCAAGUCGCUGUCGCCGGGGCCGAGCACGCCGCUGUCGCCGCCGCCCUCCAUGGACAUGCAGCAGCUGGCCUGCUCGCGCGGCGCGCUGGGCCCCGCGCUCCGGCCGCAGCAGCAGGGCUCGCCCGCCUGCUCGCCCGCCUCCUACAAGUCCAACAAGUCCUCGUGGCUGUCGCUGCCCGGCCUCGGCCCCGGCAAGGGCCUCGGCUCCAAGGCCCCGCGGGGCGUGCUCUUCGGCACUGGCAUCGUCCUGCUGGUCAGCGGCGCCCUCACCACCGUCCUGUCCUUCUACAUCCUCAGCCUGAAAGGGCGGCAGUACUACCUGGACUUCGGCGUGCUCUCGGCCUUCGCCUCCCUCAUGCUCGGCGUCGUCGGCCUGAGGUCCCGCGUCGGACACUUGCUACCCAACCGGAACUACGUCACGGGCUACAUCCUGGUGGCGUUCUUCUCGGUGCUGACGGCGGCGGGGCUGGUGACGCUGCUGCUGCUGCCGCCGGCGCCGCACCUGCCCCGCUCGGCGCGCCUGCACGGCGUGGGCCUGCACGGGCCCGCGGCCGCCCUGGACAUGACGGCGGGCGCCGUGUGCGGCACCGCGGCGCUCACGCUGCUGCUCGCCGCCACCGGCACCCUCACCUCAUACUGCUGCCGCUACCCGCCGCCCGACAACCGCGUCGCGCACGCCGCCGAGGGCUUCUCUGUCUGAGAGAGGAGCGUCCCCCAGCGGCCGAAGUUACGCAAGCGACUAGUCGUGAGGAAAAUUAGCUUAAAAGACAGAUUUGUUUGGGUAGUCCAAUUAUCGGCUGGUCCUGCGCGGCCGUUCAACCACCUAGUCGCCCGGAGGCGUUAAAGCUGAAGGUCAUCCCCCCCUCCUUUCUUCCCUCUCGGCCGUUAUGAGCUCAUGUCGUAAGGCGGACAAGCGGCUCUAAACGCUCCAGAGGGAAGACCGAGCCGAGAGUAUGAAGGAUGCACGCCGAUAUCUUUUCCGUCUCACUGCGGCCUGGAGGCGCAGCAACAUCUAACCGCCCCGCAGGUGGGGCUGGCUGGGUCUGUCUCCAACCGUGCGCGGGCGGGGACGCUAGUGGAAAAUUGUGCGAUAUCGCAAAGAAAGAUAAAUUACGCUUGUGAUUGCCUUCUUUUCCACGGCGGCCUGCUCCAAAGCCCCCGCCAGCCCGACGCAUUGCGCCACCGCGCCACCCGCGACCUCUCUGCCGACCCGAAUUACUUUGCAAUGUGUAGAGAGUGCCUUUGGAGCGCUAUCAGAUCAGGCCCUGCAUUGAGGCGGCCGGCGCGGCGCGUUGCGGGAGCACGGCCGCGAGGUGGCGCCCCGCACACAUCAGUCCCAGGCCGUGCCGUGGCGGGGCGUGGCGCCGCGGGGCGCGAGACAGUUCAUCGCCGCGCCGCGAGCCGGUAGUUUACAACCACCCUCUCGUUUUAUCCUUUACGGUUUAAUGACUUAGCUUCUAAGGUAUAGAUGUUUAAUAGUUUUGUACAUAAUCGCCAACACGACCAGUACUCAGAUUGAAACUGCCUGUACAUAGCAAUUUAGAAAGAAAAAAACGUGUAAAUUUUGUUGAGUUUGAAAUUUAUUAAAAGAGUUUUAUGUAUAUUGUACAUUAAGUCAUGUAAAUGCUGUAAAAAAUUAAGAGUGUAAACAAUAGUUUUAUUUAUUUUUAGUGUAAAGAAAGUAGCAAGUACGUACCCAUUAAACGGGCCAAAGUCCGGGGAAAAUUGACAGCUAAUAUACCAAAAAUCUUUUGAAUAUUCACUGUUGAUAUAUUAGGUCAAGUUUAGAUACGUACACAUUAGAGUUUCGUCUGAGUACUGGCGGUGUUGGAACACUCAAGUCUGUGAAUAGUUUAUGGAAAAGUCUCGUCGUUUUCAUGACAGGAUCUGUAUAAAAAAUGUGUACAUCCCAUAUUCUAGGAAGUUCAAUUACAAAACUUAAUAAAGAAACCAUUAUACUCUA